GAGCAGUAUACCUCUGCGCCAUUCGUCACGAAAGCGGUCGCAAUCUACGAAGAUGUCGAGUAUUGCAUUCACGAGAGGCUCCAGACGCGGCGCACCGCUUUGCCUGGACCCCGAUUUCCUCCAGUGACCAACACGACCUUACCAGACACGCUGAAGAGGCUGUUAACAUUGAAUGACGACAUGGUGAGAUAGCUCGAGGUGAUCAGCAUGUCCAAAUCGUUGUCUGUUUCAUGCGGUGUCAUUAGGUACCGGUUCGCUACACAUCCGAAACCCGAGCCUGAAAAUCAUGGAGAGCUGGGGAGCGAGAAAGCAAUGGUCCGUAUAAGGUGUCGGGAGGGCGGCGGGGUCGUAGACGGCGAUAGGCCUUGCGAGGAGGCCUCGGGCCUCGGACUAGACUUGGAACGGAAAGCGUCCUUCGGUUACUUUGCUUUCGUCAGAGAACCACUUGUAUAGCAGUAACAAAACCCAGCAAAGAGACGCUAGUGGGCACUACUUACUAUGUAAGUGCGGUAAGUAAACGUAAAUCGCCAUCAGCAUGGCUUCGACAUUGACUUUCGGUCGUAUAGCUUUCAUUGUUUGCUUUCUUGGAGUCCAGAACGUGCAAAUCAUCACCAACAGACCUCUGACGUGAGUCUACUCAGCUGUCGAAGCCGACGUCGUAGCUUUAUGGGACAAAAUUCCGCCGUGUAGCCCACGAUCCAGAGUCCAGACGCACCGGGCCCGCUCGUGAAUACGGUCCCGACCCGCUCGCUUUCCUUGAGAAUCUCAGUGGGACACUAUAAUAAAUACUAGGCAAGGGUUGCUGGCAUUGACUACAUAUCUCGCACGUAGCCACCCAUCCUCGAGAUGUCGAAGCCGAUGCGCGUCCAGGUCGAGGAGUAUAUCCUCGACCUCCAGGACAGGAUCGUCUCCGCGCUGGAGAAGCUCGAUCCCAACUCCCCACCGUUCAAGCGCGACUCGUGGGUGCGCCCGCAAGGAGGAAAGGGCACCUCGUGCGUGUUUGCCGUCCCCGAGGCGUCCCACUCCGACACCACCGCGCCCACAUCUGUGCUCGAGAAGGCGGGCGUGAACAUCUCCAUCGUCCACGGCACGCUCCCUCCUGCUGCCAUCAAGCAGAUGCGGGUAGAACAUUCGUCCAUCCCUUAUGAUCCAGAUGCUACGGCGGCCCUCCCCUUCUUCGCGUCGGGCAUCAGCCUCGUCAUCCACCCCCGCAACCCGCAUGCGUCGACCGUGCACGCUAACUACCGCUACUUUGAGAUCACCGAGUCCGAGGACAAGGAGAAGGAUCCCGGACGGGUGCUCGCCUGGUGGUUCGGCGGCGGUUGCGACCUGACGCCGUCGUACCUCUACGCCGAAGACGCGGUGCACUUCCACAAGACGAUCAAGGAGGCUUGCGACCCGUUCGGCACCGCGAUGUACCCGGCGUUCAAGAAGUGGUGCGACGAAUAUUUCUUCAUUCCGCACCGUCAAGAAUCGCGCGGCAUCGGCGGCAUCUUCUUCGACGACCUCUGCGACCAGCCACACGCUCGCCUUGCCGCCGACGCUGUCCGCCCCAAGGAUCCCGAGCAGAUCUUUGCGUUUAUCCAGAGCGCGGGCAACGCGUUCAUCCCGUCGUAUAUCCCCAUCCUCGAGCAGCGCAUCAACAUGCCGUUUACGCCUCAGCAGCGCCGCUGGCAGCUCAUCCGCCGCGGGCGGUACGUUGAGUUCAACCUCGUCUAUGACCGAGGGACCAAGUUUGGACUGGCGACGCCGGGCGCGAGGAUUGAGAGUAUCCUGAUGAGUCUCCCGGAGACGGCGAGAUGGGAGUACAUGAGCGAGGUGGGUACGGAGGAGGGUUCUGAGGAGGAGAAACUGGUAAAGGUCCUGAAGACACCUGUUCAAUGGGUGUAGAUACCAACGAAAUUCCAAUGUACCAAUAGCAGUAGACCAAAAUGCUUUGUAUUUGUGCUUUUAAGUAACGUCGCUUACGGCGUCGUUCCCUUCUUCUCAGCUGACCGGAAAUCGGACAAGCAAGCUCUUCCUA